GGCAGCGGCUGGUAGCGCGUCCCGCGCCCGAGCCGCAGUCUCGCCCUCUCGCUGCCUUGCGAAGGCGCGGAGGCGAGCGCGGAGGAGAGCAGCCUCGGGCACCGCCGCAACCGUCAGGGCAUCAGGAUGGCGGUGGGCUCUGUCAAGAUGCAGCCGCCGUGCGAGAGCCCGGCCCUGGCUUCGGCGGCCCCGGCCGACGGGCCCCUGCGCCGCAGCCCGAGCGCCCGGGAGCCGGAGCGCGAGCCGACCGCCGCGUCUCUGCGGCCGCGCCUCAGGGACCUGCCUGCGCUGCUGCGGAGCGGGCUCACGCUGCGGAGGAAGCGGAGCGCCGCCGGGGCCCGGACUCUCUCAAGAAGAAUUUCCAAUCCAUACCUUGACCAUAGUCCUUCUCAGAUUUAUGGAGAGAAUUCUUCUUGUGCAGGAAGAGCAUUGAGGAAUAUUAUUAUCCUUCAGGCAGCUGACCUGGUAAAGGACAGAGUGAAUCUCAAGGGGUUUUACAGGAGAAGCUGCGUGGGGUCGGAGCUGGUCGACUGGCUCCUGGAACACUGUCCUUUUGUCCAGUGUAGAUCUAUGGCCAUCGGGGUCUGGCAGCUCCUACUGGACAUGGGGAUUAUGUCAUCAGUGGACCAGCAUCUCUACUUUCAGGAUAACUAUGUUUUCUACCAGUUCUCCUCGGAUGAAUGCAGCUACCUGUACUGUGAAUUUGAAAGAGAGGAAGAAUGGCAAAAGGGAGUGAAGCUUUUACUGGAGCUUGUGCAUCUCAUUCCUGCGAGAGCUGGCAUCUGUGACCUGUCUCACCAGAAAGCGGAAGACUCGGAAGAAAGCAGCGAUGAAAUCCUUGCUCGACUGACAUCUGCGGUGCAGAGGGAGCUAGCGGCUGUUAUUGCUUUGAAAGCAAGGAAGUCUGCAAUCGAACAAGAUGAUGAAAACGCUGACAAACACGUAACCGUGACAGAGGCUAACGACGAUGCUCCAGAUCCUCAGGCUGGGGUGAUGUGUAAGCUUCAAGAGAGAGAUGAUAUCGGACGUAUUGAGCUGGUCCACAAGCUGGCAAGAGAGAACUGUCAGUUUCUACAGACAGACAAAAAAGAACCGGAGAAGUCGGAACAGCAAGAUGAUGAAGUGACGAUGGUUCAGGUUAAAGAGCAAGGCCAGAGUGUGCUGGUGCUGAAGAAAGUAGCAAGCUGUGGCCCAGCCCCCACCACGGGGAGCGCGGAGAGCGACGCGAGAUAUGUGGUGGUGUCUGGGACCCCGGAGAAGAUCUUGGAGCACCUUUUGAAUGACUUAAACCUGGCAGAGGUUCAGCACAAAGAAACAGAAACACUCCUUGAUGACUUCCUCCUCACGUAUACGGUAUUCAUGACAACCGAUGACUUGUGCCAGGCGCUGUUAAGACACUAUUCUGCUAAGAAGUAUCAAGGGGAAGAAGAAAACUCAGAUGUCCCUUGUCGGAAGCGCAAGGUCUUACAUCUGGUUUCCCAGUGGAUUUCUCUGUACAAGGACUGGCUGCAUGAAGAUGAGCACUCAAAGAUGUUUCUAAAGACCAUAUACAGGAACGUGCUGGAUGACGUCUAUGAAUAUCCGAUCCUUGAGAAAGAGCUGAAGGAGUUUCAGAAGAUACUGGGCAUGCACCGCCGUCACACUGUUGAUGAAUACUCACCACAGAAGAAGAAUAAAGCCCUCUUCCACCAAUUCAGUCUUAAGGAGAACUGGCUCCAGCAUAGAGGAACUGUGGCCGAAACAGAGGAAAUUUUUUGCCACGUGUAUGUGACGGAGCACUCCUACAUCAGUGUGAAGGCCAAAGUUUCUAGUACAGCCCAGGAGAUCCUGAAGGUUGUGGCCGAGAAGCUGCAGCGUGCCGAAGAGGAUCUGGCUCUGGUGGCCAUUAUGUUCUCUGGAGAAAAGCAUGAAUUUCAGCCAAAUGACUUGGCCAUUUCCAAAUCCCUGGAGGCAUCUGGUCGGAUAUACGUCUACCGGAAAGAUCUGGCUGACACUUUGAAUCCUUUUGCAGAAAAUGAGGAAUCCCAGCAAAGGUCGAUGAGGAUUUUGGGGAUGAACACUUGGGACCUUGCUCUGGAAUUAAUGAGUUUUGAUUGGAAUCUAUUCAAUUCAAUCCACGAGCAAGAGCUCAUCUACUUCACAUUCAGCAGACAGGGGAGCGGAGAGCACACUGUGAACCUCAGCCUUCUGCUCCAGAGAUGUAACGAGGUCCAGCUCUGGGUGGCCACGGAGAUUCUGCUCUGCAGCCAGCUAGGCAAGCGCGUGCAGCUGGUGAAAAAAUUCAUCAAGAUUGCUGCUCACUGCAAAGCCCAGCAGAACCUAAACUCCUUCUUUGCCAUCGUGAUGGGUCUCAACACCGCCUCUGUCAGCCGGCUGUCACAGACCUGGGAGAAAAUUCCUGGGAAGUUUAAGAAACUUUUCUCUGAACUUGAGAGUUUAACGGAUCCUUCCCUAAACCACAAGGCCUACAGGGAUGCAUUCAAAAAGAUGAAGCCGCCAAAAAUCCCUUUCAUGCCCUUACUGCUUAAAGAUGUAACAUUUAUUCAUGAAGGAAAUAAAACAUUCCUGGAUAAUCUCGUCAAUUUUGAAAAGCUGCACAUGAUCGCAGAUACUGUCCGAACCCUGAGACACUGCAGGACUAACCAGUUUGGAAGCGACAUGUCUCCAAAGGAGCAGCAAGAGCUGAAGUCCUAUGUCAACCACCUGUAUGUCAUCGACAGCCAGCAAGCCCUGUUCGAGCUCUCUCACAGGCUGGAGCCUCGAGCCUGAGCUGCGCCAGUCCGUCCUGCAUCUGCAACACUUUAGAGCAAGGGAAGGCCUCCGUUGAGCAUGUUGCUUCCUGUAAGAAAAGAGGUCGCUGAGUUUUAUCAGCAAACCAUGAGACAAGUGCAGGAAAGCCAGCCAAUGCACUUUCAGGAAGUGACACGUCAGCCACCAGAGGCGGGAGAGCUCCCCAACUGCUGUCAGGGAGAAGACAGGAGUCACAGCAUCCUUGGAACAGGGUCCUCCUUGGGACGGCUAUUUCAUUCCAGUCCAAGUUUCAGCUCACGACGUGCCAGCAUCAGGAGGAGAUUGUUCAUAGGGCGGGAAGGACUGUCACUCUGCCUGCCCACCCUACUGCUGAUUGGCUGCCUGCUCACCUUGUUGCCGAUUGGCUGUUCAGAGACCGGAACACCCAUGGACCAGCAAGGGCAUCUCCAAAUGUCCCAGGAAGAGGAGGGGCCUCUGUUGCUAUAAACUUAGCAUCACCCCGGAGGGCACGUCCUUCUGUGCAAAUGAGAAAUGCCUGGCACACACUUCCUUUGCAUCCACAAUCAUUUACCAACGUGUACACAGACGAACUAGUUCUCGCUCCACUGACGCACUUCUGUAAGCAAGGUAGCCUGGGUUUCUCAUCCAGUAAGGAGCUUGGCGUCGUUCAGUUUCUAUGAACUUUCUUUACGUAUAUCGUCAUUUGUUGUUGAGUGCAAUUUUCAGAAAAACACAGGGCCGGGACUGUGGAGUGCUCAGUGUUAGCUUACUGGGGCGACGGAAUUUCCAGUUUCUGCAUUCUGGUGUCUGAUGGAGCCUUGGCGUCCGACACUAACUACUCCGCCAGGCUCCCUGCCUACAUGCAGAACAUCAGCCCACGAGGGAGGCGAGUGAGUGAAGCUGAGUAUCUGAAGCUUAAGAGUUAGCUCGCUAGACUCAGUGAUUGAAAAGUAUCCAGAGAUGCCUAACGUCUCACUUACACGGGGAGUCAGAGCCCCGUAGUCUACUUCCCAAGUAAAGCCAGAGUCUUUUUGCAAUUUGCCUUUCACCUUCUUAUUCUUUGUUUUUAUAAAUUGGGCCUCAUAUACCAAAUAAGGCCUCUUGGAAUUCUCAAGGACUCGUUAGAGGAUCUCCCUGAAUCCUCGAGUAAGAGAAAAGGUUGUGGUUAAAACAAGCCUGCUCUCCCAUGAGCAAGAUACUAGUUCCUUUGCUGUGCGCAAAUCCCCGUCUGAGUAUUUGGUCUGUGCAUCUCUAGUCUUGAGUAUGGGUAUGCCAUUCACAUCCCUGGGAAUCGGGGGGCAGGGACUGGGUCCACCCAGACCUGCUUCCUACUCUCCUCAGCACCUGGUUCUCAUUCUCAUUACUAAGGUCUGAGCUAUGCCCGUUGCCACCUGACUUCCUGAGAGCUAUGCUGUUCCUUGGUCUUGGGACCAGUGAGCCUGAGACACUGCUAAAAGGAACCAUAUGCUUUCAGAGAGAUUGCAUCUGAUCUAGCAUGUAAAAUUUUAGCUCUAUAAACUUACAGGGGGUUACAGAAACACCCCAACUGAGGGUGAUUCACUCAGAAAAUGUUUCUCGGGUCUGAGGGCUGGUGCAUGAGACCGGAGCCACAGAACCAGGGAGAGCGAGCUGUCUUGAUGUGUAGACAAGCACAACCUCUGAGGACAGUACACACUUACAGCACAAACACGCGUGUCUUCCCUCCAAGCUAGCAACUGAGAGCGGGGCUAGUGUAUCAUAGCAGCUCAUUUUGACAUUGUAUUAACUCUACAUUGCCCCAAGCAGAGCCUUACCUUUAGAGCUCAUUGUAGAUGGAGAUCUGUUUCAGUGGAACACUGUCUGUCUAGACUCCAGCUCAGCUGGGCUGCACAAGUCACACCUGCCUCGUGCUUAGCACACUUAGAGAACUCGGCAGGGCACGAAUGGGAAUAGCCCUGGAGAACAUGGGGUGAGGCUGCUGUCCCUCCAAAGCAAAAAGCCGGAUGGGAUUUAUUUUCCCAUCCUGUAUACGGAAUAUCUAAAAAAUCUCUAAAUCCUUCUCAACUUUAACACCUGUUGCUAGGGAUUUCUCAGUCAGCAGAUUUAGGAACUUCAGACGCUUCACAGAGUCUUAAAUCUAAAAUAGGAAAAGUUCAGGAUGGUCAGACCCUGUUUUCACAGGAAGCGCUUCUGAAGGAAGCCAAGCCCUGUAUAGGUGUCCACAGGGGUGGACACUCCCAUGCAUGGAUGACUCCCUUCCUUCUCCAAAGCCUCCCGGGUGUCUAACUAAGGUCUCUUCCAGUUCUCCUUUGGGUUCUUGUGAUUUCAUGGAUCUCCAUUCCCUCCCUGGAUCCCAUAUAAUUAGCAUCUCCAUCAGUGAGUGAUACCUGGCCCUCGAGGGGUUCUUUGGGUCUUUGGAUUCUGUUCCUGCAAAGCAGAUCUGCUUGCAAGUUCCUACCAGAGACAGAACACAGGUCCAUCUAGGGAAAGUCAUAGAGUUUCCAAACAUUUCAAAGGAUUUGCCUCCAAGUGUGAACUUGCCGAAUGAAUGGUUGCCACAGCACAUGGUGUAACCCACGCUCUACCUUUUCUGGUAUCCUUAGUUGCGUUGAGAAUAAAUACCUUUUCCUACUUCACUAUCUACAUGCAGGCAGUGUGACACAUACUUUGAAUUUAGAGGCAUGAGCAUAAAGUCCCCCCCUCUGAGUCUGUAGGGAGGUAUUUCACAGUUGGGCCGUCGUCUUGAGUGAGGAAGUGGGGUAUGGCCCCGUGGCUGCUUAUGUAGACUUCUUAUCCCAGAGCUCCUGUGGCUGCCUGAGCACCAGCCCUGUGGUUUUGCACACACAAAACCUGAAAACACAAACACACGUGCACAGCAAAGCCUGAACCAAAUGGCACAACCCACACAAGCUUAUCAGAAUUGGGCAAAACCCAUUAAGCUUAGAAGACAAGGGCCACUGUAGCUGUCCAGCGCAGAACUUCUUCUCAACUUCAAAGACAUGUCCUUGAAAUUUCAGCCCACUCCUUACUGAGUGGGCCCGUUUUGCUCUAGAGAAAACACAUUUUGAAAAUUGCCAAAAAGUCGGAAGAAAUGUACUACUGUAUAAAGCAAAGCUGUAUAUACUAAGUAAGCAUUUUUAGCAGAGGAAUAUUUAUUUGCAUAGCCUAUUUAUUUGUAUUCGUAUUACGCUGUUAUUAAAUACCAGGAUGAAAUCAAUGACCAGAAGCAAGGACUCUUGCCUUUGGACGUCUCGUUGCUUAGGACUGCCAUGAUGAUGUCAGCUUGGGAUAACAAUUAGAAGAUAGAAAGCCCACAGGCCGGGCAUCUACCUAACUUCUCAGGGACUACACCUCGUAGUUUUCCACCAUUAUAAGAGCUGGUAAAUAUGAAGCAUUCGUUGACUUACCAGACUGCCAUUGACAGUGUUUGAUUUUUUUUUCUCAUAGUUCAUGCUUUCUGCCUCUGUGUAUAUGACUGUGCUGUGUAUUUAUCAAAGUAGGAAGCAAUAAUUUAUAUGUAAAAAAAAAUGGCCAAGCAAUAUAAGGUUAAAACUUACGUAAGUAACCAUUACCUUAUCUUGUAUUUUCAAGUGUUUUUUAAAUCUGCUUUUCCAAAUAUAACACUAUGUUAAACAUA